GCUCCGCGAGAGGCACGGUGUCUCCUAACAAUAACAACGUGCAUUUUGAAAAAUGUGCGCAUAAAUUCGUCCUAAAACCAAAAAUGUGGUGCGUCUAUGUACUUUUGGUGUUUUUCGCAACACAGACAUUGUUCGGACUCGGACAAGACAGAAAGGAAAUCCUGUUCGGUGGGGUGUUCGACGAGUCUUCUCAAAGUGAUGAACACACUGACUUAACGGAUCAAGAAGCAUUCCAAUUUGCUGUGUAUUUAGCAAACAAGACGGGCGAGGAAUACGGUCUUCAGUUUAAAGCUGGCACUGAGACUCCCUUUAGACAUAAUAGUGGACCCUUUAAGGCAAAACUAGCCGCUUGUUCGUUGAUUGAGCAACAAGCGCUUGUUAUUUUUGGACCAAAACAUCCAGAUGAUAUUAACAUAGUGCAGUCGAUCUGCGACUACAAAGACAUAGCUCAUGUGAUUAACAGAUGGGUUUAUAACCCGUCUGAACACAGGAGCAUCAUCAAUUUUUACCCACAUUCGUCGUAUUUAUCUGAAGCUUAUUUUGCGAUUUUGAAGAUGUCGGAUUGGAAGAGCUUCACGCUGUUUUACGAAGACAACGAGAGUUUGUUAAGAAUGGGGGAUGUGUUGAAUCAGGCAAAGGACGAAGGGAUUGUGGUGGUGGUGAAGCAACUGGACGAAGUCGGGGAUGGGAUUUACAGAACUACUCUUAAAGAUGCGCUACGCUCCGGUGAGAAAAACUACGUUAUAGACUGCAGCAUCGAAAUUCUAGAAGAGGUGUUGCGACAAGCACAACAAGUGGGUUUGCUUACAAGCCACUACAACCACUUUAUCACAAAUCUUGACCUACAAACCAUAGAAAGUGAGCCGUUUCAGUACAGCGAAGCUAACAUCACAGGGCUAAGAAUCGUCGACCCUAACAACGAAUUCACCCACAUGAAGAUCCAAGGUAUAAUCGGGUUUAACAAAUACUUCGACGAGACUAAAUUAAAAACCGAAGCGGCCCUUCUGAUUGACUCGGUUGCGGUUUUGACUGAAGUUAUUACAACAAAAUUGUCCGUCCAAGACAUGGCAAUAGACGACGCUGGUUGCGAUUCUCUAAAGUCUUCGAGAAACGGUUACACCAUCUCCAAUCACGUCAAAACGAUGAAAAAUUAUGGAAUGACUGGCAUAAUAGAAUUUGAUGGUAACGGUUUUCGAAGCAACUUUGAUUUAGACGUGAUCGCACUCAAAGAAAGCGGGUUUAAUAAACUCGGGACUUGGAAUUCCUCCAAAGGUUUAGCAAUUAUUGGUGAGAAACCUAAAGAGUUGGGUGAAGAAACUGUUAGUCUUCGGAAUAAAACGUUUAAAGUGGUUACAGCUUUGACGGCUCCAUACACCAUGUUGAAAGAAACACGAGACCAACUAUUUGGUAACGACCGGUACGAAGGGUUCGCUAUAGACAUAAUAGAAGAACUUGCCAAAAUAGAAGGUUUCAAUUAUACGUUUGAAGUCGGAGGGACGACUGGUGCGAAAGACAAAGGAACGGGGAAAUGGACUGGAAUGCUUGGUCAAAUAAUAGACGGGACAGCAGAUUUGGCCAUUACUGACCUCACCAUCACCGCCGAAAGAGAAGAAGCGGUUGACUUCACUUCCCCUUUUAUGGAUUUGGGCAUCCAGAUUCUCGCGCAGAAACCUAAAAACGCCCCUCCUAGUUUCUUCUCUUUCGCUGACCCUUUUGCCUUAGACACCUGGAUGAUGUUAGCUCUUGCUUACGUGAUCGUAUCGUUGUCUUUCUUCAUCAUGGGCCGACUUUGUCAAGAAGAAUGGACCAACCCAUACCCUUGUAUCGAAGAACCGGAAUUCCUCGUCAACCAGUUCAGUUUACAGAACUCUGGUUGGUUUGCUGCAGGUGCGCUUAUGCAACAAGGAACAGAAAUAGCCCCAAUAGCCGUUUCGACCAGAAUGGUCACCGGAAUGUGGUGGUUUUUCGUCCUGAUUAUGGUUUCGUCGUACACCGCAAACCUAGCGGCUUUCUUAGCCACCGAGAACCCAAUCGAGUUAUUCACGGAUGUUUACUCCUUGGUGGACAACAUGGAAAAAAACAACCUCAGAAUGGGGGCGAAAGCCAAAGGCGCAACUGAAGGUUUCUUCAAAGGGAAAAACGACUCAGUUUUUAAAACAGUCGCCAAGUACAUGCAAACCCACCCUAAAGACAUGGUAACCGAAAACAAAGACGGCGUAAAACUGGCCGAAGAUUUCAACAAUUAUGCUUUCUUCAUGGAAUCGACUUCGAUAGAGUACGAAAUUCAGAGGCACUGCAGCUUGCAGCAGUACGGCAAACUUUUAGACGACAAAGGCUAUGGAAUCGCGAUGAAGAAAAAUUCCACGUACCGCAAAACUCUAAGUAUGGCGAUUCUUAAGCUGCAGACCACUGGGGUGUUAGCUGAUUUGAAACGAAAGUGGUGGGAGGAAAAGAGAGGUGGAGGGCAGUGUAACGCUGAAAGUGACGAUGGAGGGACGCCUCCUUUAGGUGUUCAAAAUGUCGAAGGUGUCUUUUAUGUCACUAUAGGUGGAACUAUUUUGGCUGUGUUUCUAGUGAUAGCUGAACUGUUGCUUUCCACGUACAAGAUAAGUAAACGGGCGAAAGUGUCGUUCAAGGAAGCACUAGGUGUUGAAAUGCGGGCCCUCUUAGAUUUUAAUAGUGACGUGAAGCCGACGGUUCGGGAUAAAUCUAAAUCCGGGAGCAAAUCCUCGAAAGGAACGGGCACUUCUAAUAAUAAUCUUUUGACACCUGCUCCACAGUACGGGUUUAUCCCGACCAUCACUAGGGAGGAGCUGAAAGAUUAAACACUACAUUUUUGAGUUAUUACUAGAGCUACAUAGAUAAUUUCAAUAAAAUCUGGCUACUGUUUUGUCUAGUU